AUGUCUUCUAAUGUAGAAAUCAAUGAAUUCUUCAAGUUCCUGCAAUCAUUAGGGACCACGUCUCUGGUGCAAUGGAUAAUGCGUGUGUUGACUAUUUCCCAGGCAAUAUUUCAAACAGGAUGGCCUGAAAACUACAAGAUAUCGGAUUGUGAGAAGUUUGACUUCAUUGUGGUGGGGAGUGGGUCAGCAGGCAGUGUGGUAGCUGCUCGGCUUUCAGAAAUACCAGAGUUAAAAGUGCUGCUUAUCGAGGCUGGAGGCGACCCGCCGCCAACCAGUGUGCUUCCUGGUCUCAGCUCAACUUUACCAGGUUCUGAAUAUGACUGGAAUUACACAGCUGUUUUUGACGAGGGUGUAGGCCAGGCCCAUCAGGGUGGUUCCAUGAGCUACCCGCGAGGUAAACUGCUCGGUGGUUGUUCCUCCAUCAACAACAUGAUCUAUUCACGAGGAGUACCCGAAGAUUAUGAAAACUGGAAUCGUAUUGCACCCGGUUGGGACUGGAAGACAGUACUGUAUUAUUUUAAGAAGUUAGAAGAUAUGAAAGAUCCAGUUAUUUUUGAGUAUCCAAAAAAUGCCCGACUCCAUUCAACAACUGGACCUGUUAAAGUCUCUAGACCACCAACUUUGUCGUCAAUUAAUGCUAUAGAUAACUCCAGGUUACAAUCUUACGAAGAAAUGGGUAUUCCGCGAGUUUUGGAGACUAAUGGGCCAGAAAUUCUUGGAGCUGCUCGACCACAUUUCAAUAUUUAUGGUGGUAGACGAUCGAGUACAGCGGAAUCAUACCUAAGACCAGCAAAAGACAGACCUAAUCUGAAAGUGGCCAAGUAUUCCACAGUCACUAAAGUAUUAAUUGAUCCUAGUACUUUGCGCGCGUAUGGUGUACAGGUGUAUACAUCUAGUAAGAAAUACAUCAACGUAUACGCUACUGAAGAGGUUAUUGUGUCUGCUGGUACAUUCAAUAGUCCGAAAAUUCUCUUACAGUCAGGAAUAGGACCUGGAGAGGAAUUAUCAAAGUUACGGAUAAAAACAUUAGUAGAUCUUCCGGUUGGUAAAAAUUUACAAGAUCACCAGAUUGUACGGUUGCAUUAUAAAGGUAAAAGCGGAUUAGAGACAGCUCUCCAAAAUAUUGUAACCGCUGUCCAAAUAGAUACGAUUCCAAAUCCAGUACAAUGUGGAGCCAUCAGAAUUAACGGUAGUGAAUUUGAGUAUCCUUCUAAAUUACAACCACAAUUUCAAUUUUUCAACUCUUACCUCGGAGCUGGUGAUCCUGAUAAAUUAGUUAGUGGAUGUAGUUUAGAAAAAGAUUAUUGUCUUGCAUUAGGGUCCGCCAAUAUUAAUAAUGAAGUAGAUACUGUUAUGCUCGCUCUCCUACACCCACUGUCGAGAGGACAAGUUAAACUACGUAGUACAGAUCCCCUGGAUGAUCCUAUUAUUGAAUUGGGGUAUUUUAGAAGUAAUUAUGACUUAAAGAUCUUUACCGAGGGAGUGAAAUACAUGAAUACUUUGAUAAACACUACAUACUUCAGGGAGGUCAACGGAAGUAUUCCCAGAUUAACAGUGACUGCUUGUGAACAUAUAGAAUGGGGUUCGGAUGAAUUUUGGGAAUGUUACGCGAAGAACACUGUAGUGUCGAUACAACAUGCUGUUGGUACAUGUCGGAUGGGACAGGAUGGUGUUGUGGACGAGAGACUAAGGGUGCACAAUGUAGCUGGACUGAGAGUAGUGGAUGCGUCCAUCAUUCCAUUGAUACCGAGUGGCAAUACUAACACUCCGACUAUGAUGAUAGGCGAGAAAGCUGCGGAUAUGAUCAAGGAAGAUUUUCAUAAACGCAAAAAAGAAAAUAACAACGUAUGUCCCUGA